CUCUGAAGUUUCUCUCUGUGGCAGUCAUAGUAGUAAUACUGCACCGCUAUUAGUUUUUAUAAUGUAUAUGUAUUCUUCUCUGUUGUGAUGCAUAAUAUCAUGAGGCACGUGUCAAUACAUUUUCUCUGAAGCCAAAGUAUGAUACCAUCCGUGAAACCGAAAACUCCAGGAAAGUUUUCAGUUGGCCCACUGUACAGCGACGUUGUCAAAACAUUUUCCCGGGAAGAAGUUGCUGCUGCUUUACCUGAAAGCCUAACAUUUAAGUUACCAGAGGUCGUCUCCCUUAUUAGACAUUCUCUGACGUUACCAUCUGCUCAAUGAUGGUCUUUGUAAGUAGACAAACCAGCCUUGGCGAUAACUAAUGUUAUGGAGACGGAGGUUGGCACUGAAGAUGAACCGCCUUCGUUACUCUGGGGUCUGGAUCCAGUGUUCGCCGCUUUUGCUAGAUUGUACAUCAAAGACAUUCUGCGCAUGAGGGAAUCUCGACAGGUCCCAGGCGUUUACUUCUUCAAAUCCCAUCCGAUAUUCCAAGUCGACAUUCUUGGGACUGUGGUGUUUAAACGUGAGCGGGAAGACUUCUACAGUUAUGGAGUGGACGAUGGCACAGGGGUAAUUAAUUGUCUUUGCUGGAAGUCAGAAAAGUGGAAGGAGCCAGAUGAAGCCAUGAGAGCAGGGGGCAGAGCAGGUAGCAGCUCAUCUGUGGCGGGCCCCUCUGGGGGCUUCAACGUGGAGGAGCAGCUGAGGCGGCUGCAGCAGACCCAGCGAGGCCUCUCCUCACUGGACAUCGGAGACCUGCUGCGGGUGCGCGGCUCCGUCAAGACCUCCAGGGGCCAGAGGGAGAUCAUGUCGUCCAGCUUCUAUAAGGUGAGUGACCCAGUGAUGGCGGUGCAGAUCUCUUGGAUGCAGGAGCUUCCCAAGCUCUACCGGAGAAGCUACCACCAACCCUUCCCUCUGGAGAGUGGGGAGCCAGGUGCCGGCAGUGCAAUUGCAGGUGGCCAGACAUCCUUCGCCUCACUUCUUGGCGGAGCCACUCAGGCGCUCCGGGACUUCCUGCGGGAGAAGGUAGUGAAGCGGUUCCGGCCGUGCGAUGUGGAGCACCUGCUGCUGCCCCUCGCUCCCCAGCUCCCCCCCCAGACAGACAGACAACAGGCCUCAGCAGCAGGGCCUUCGGUUCCCUCCCAUGUGCGCCACCUCCUCAGCGAGACGCUCCGGCUCCUGCAGCAGGACGGGACCCUGUUCCGCCGGGUCCUCUCUCAGGAUGAGCUGUACCACGUGACGACGCAAGACAAAGACCUUUUGAUGGCCAUCAGAGAUGUCAUCCAAGAAGACUCCAAGCGUGAAAAAUAUGCAGAGAAGGGUUGCCACAUCCUGCACGUUCUGUCCAGCGUGAGGCGCCGCUUCAGCCAGAACCUGAGCCGCCCGGCCCUCGAGGUCGCCCUGCGGUACCUCGAGAGCAACAGUGACAUCAUCAGCACCAGUGACUGCCACUACACCGUCAUCUGACCUGACAUGAACUGACUGGCCGGCAACGGAAUUUUACGGGCAAUAGGCUGAAUCAGUUUCGGCGAAUUUCAUGUUGUGGCAAAGGCAAGGCAGUGACAAACUCUGUGUUUCCUGUUUUGCUUUUCUCUCUCUCCUUCCUCUACUCAACCAGAGAGGUUGUUAUGUUGUCGGAUGCUAUUUUUUAAAAAGAGAAAUUAGGAGAUAACAAUAAUAUUUGUUAUUAUGUAAAUAUCAAAUGUUAUGUAAAUAACAAAUAAUGCAGGAUUCCUCUGGAAGUUGAAUAUGCUCAAAAUCAUGCAGCCACUAUUUUCCAAGUCAUUCUCGAAAACAUGAAACUUUCGUCUUCACUUAAAAGGUGAUGUAAUUAUUUAAUUAAUUAAAACAGGCGAUUUCGUCAUAUGAAAUUGGGCACCGAUUCAGCAGGGUGUCCGACCUGCCACAAGAGGGGGACAUUCAUGCGUAAUACAUGUUGCCAUCUCUGAGAAACAUCUGUAUCAGCUUCACGUUUUCUGUCCCCCUGUCGGCCUCUUGCCAAUGGACAAUCACAGUAGACUACAACUUUGGCAUACAAGAGUGUACAGUGCACAACGAAUACCGAACAAAAUAAAUA